CCGCCUCUGCCCUCUCGGGCCUAUCGAAUCAGAAAUGUUCUUUUAGGUGUUUUCAUGGGUCCCGGACUAUUGUUGCUACUCGUGGGUGCAUGGUAUGCAUACAAAGUCAUAAAAAAAAGGAAAAACAUUAAACGCAAGGAAAAGUUUUUCAAACGAAACGGUGGUUUAUUGUUACAACAACAAUUAUCAUCAGGGGAAAUCAAUGUUGAGAAAAUCAAGUUGUUCAAUUCAGAGGAGUUGGAGAAGUCCACUGACAAAUUCAACAUUGAUAGAAUUCUUGGCCAAGGAGGCCAAUGUACCGUCUACAAAGGAAUGUUUGCAGAUGGAAGAGUGGUUGCGAUAAAGAAGUCUAAGAUAAUAGAUGAAGGUCAACUUUCAGAAUUCAUCAAUGAGGUUGUGAUUCUUUCACAAAUCAAUCACAGAAAUGUGGUUCAACUAUUGGGUUGUUGUUUAGAGACGGAAGUUCCACUCUUAGUUUACGAAUUCAUACCGAAUGGAACGCUUUCCCACUAUAUUCAUGAGCAGAAUGAAGACUUUCCACUUACAUGGAAAAUGCGGUUACGAAUUGCAACAGAAAUUGCAGGAGCUCUGUCGUACUUACAUGGUGCAGCUUCGUUUCCUAUAUAUCACAGAGACAUCAAAUCUACCAACAUACUCUUAGAUGAGAAAUACACAGGAAAAGUUGCUGACUUUGGAACUUCAAGAUCAAUUGUGAUUGGCCAGACACACUUGACCACCGUUGUACACGGCACAUUUGGUUACCUGGACCCUGAAUACUUCCAAUCAAGCCAAUUUACGGAGAAAAGUGAUGUCUAUAGUUUCGGAGUUGUUCUAGUUGAGCUCUUGACCGGACUACAACCAGUUUUUGCAGUAACCGGGUCACAAGAAAAAGAACACAGAAGUCUUGCCACUUGUUUCAUUAUUUCGAUGGAGGAAGGCCGACUAUUUGACAUUCUUGAUGCUAGGGUUGUGAUGGAGGGCUCCAAAACAGAUAUCACAACUUUUGCUAACCUUGCAAAGAGGUGCUUGGAUUUGAAUGGUAGGAACCGCCCCACUAUGAGAGAGGUCACAGCGGUGUUGGAGGCCAUUCAAAUGUUGGUUGAAAAAUCUUCUAAUGCUCAACAUAAUUACAAUGGGGUUCAAUCUGCUAUAAACGACACGAAUGAGUAUUUGGAUGUUGUUUCAUGUUCAACAGAGUCAGCCUCGGAUGCGGGCCCAAAUUCAACAUCUGAUGAGUUUUGGCGAUCAUCUUCUGAGACAUGGUAA